AUGAGCAAGAAAAGACCGGCGGUCAUUCUCCUCCAAGAGACCAACUCCGAAAGUGUUAAGCUUAGUGGCUACAAAACAUACACCACACCAUCCAUACCGAGAGCGAUCCCGCACAAAAAGGGCACGAAUAGAGAAGAAACAGUGAUCUUAGGACAGGUGGCCAUUUUAGUCGACGAGCACGUUCCGCACGCGCAAAGAGAAUCGACAGACCUGUGCAACGAAGUGAGAGAGGUAGUCGUAGUACAGAUCAAACACAACAAAACGACUCUUACGGUGGCUUCGACCUAUAUAAGGCCCGCCGUCAAAAGAGGAGAUGAUAUGAGCUGGCUUGCACAAAUGAAACCUCGACAUAAAAAGGAAGCCAUAAUAAUAGGAGGAGAUUUCAACGCUCCACACGAGCAAUGGGGCUAUAAGCGCUCACAGCCUCGAGGCAAGGCGCUGAAGUGCAAGUCAAAGGAGCUAGGUUUCGUCUUAAUCAACGAACCCGGCACGCCCACGAGAAUCGGACUUCACGCGAAGCAAGCAGAUACCACGCUAGACCUCACGUGGGCAACCAAGAAUGUUAAGGCGAACUGGAGAACUAUGCAAGACGCAAUGGGCAGCGAUCACCUGCCCAUCAAAAUCGAGCUACCGACCAAAGACAGGUACAAACGAGACGCACCCUUCAUCAGAUGGGAUAAGUUUCGCGAAACCAUCCAGACGGCCACUUCCUCACUCCCCCUAGACCAACAAAUCCAAUUAGCAAUUAAAGUGGCAACAAAGACCUACAAAGUUAAAGAAGGCACCCCUAACCCUGACCUACAUUUGCUCAACCUUUGGGCUGCUAGACUCCAGGCUCAACAGCGAUACAGAAAGGCAAAACAUAACAAUCGUUUCAAGAUUAAACUCAACAUCGCCACGGCCAAAGCCAAAUAUUACACAAAGGAGCUCAAGCGGCAAAUCUGGAGACGGCACUGCAACUCGUUCAACGAAAAGACUGGCUUGAGGAGAAUGUGGCGGACAUACAAAUGUAUGUCCGGCAAGAAACGAAACAAGUGCACUGCUCAAAACCUCGCUAUCAGACUAGGAAUCGCGGAGGAAGAACUUGCCGUAAGGGCAGGCGAACACUUCUUUCCGCAUCCAACACCGCAACAGCUGCAACACCGCUACAGAGAAGUGAUUCCUGAACUCGACCAUCCGUCCCCAGCUGACGCGCCAUUUAACAUGGGCGAACUAAUGGCGGCUCUGGCUUCGGCAAAAACACCGCGCCGGGGCCGGACAGGAUCACAAUAA